ACACUUGGAAUUAAAAGUGCACUACCUUGUACGGUGCGCCAGAAAACGUUGCGUAAAACUUUUAACACGCAACUUGUUUUAGAUUUUUCUCUUUCAAAAGGUUCUUUCUUUUCGCAGCUGCGGUUAGAAUUAGAAAUUGUUGGUGCCAUUUUCUUGCACAUCAACAAUGACUUCCCUUCUCUCAAUCUACCUUCUUUUGGCGUUUUCGUGUUGUUUCCUCGGUUCUUCUUCCGAAAUUAGCCGGAAGGAAUUAAGGAGAAAGGAGGUUAACCAUGACACUAUCAUACAAAUGGGUCACCCUGUUCCUUCCAACAGAAUUGACCCUUCACGUGUUGUCCAACUGUCUUGGCGACCAAGGGUCUUUUUAUAUAAAGGUUUUCUAUCAGAUGAGGAAUGUGAUCACCUUAUCUCUUUGGCACAUGAUACAAAUGAAAAAUCUUUGAGAGAUAAUGAUGAAUCUGGAGACGACAUCACAAAUGGGCGGCUUAAAAGUUUAGAAAUCCCUCUGCAUAUAGAAGAUGAUAUAGUUUCAAGAAUUGAAGAAAGAAUUUCAGCUUGGACUUUCCUUCCCAAAGAGAACGGCAGAGUUUUACGGGUUUCGCGCAGAGGACUCCAGGGCGAUGGAAAGAACUUCGAUUAUUUUGGUAAUAAAUCGACUUUGGAAGCCAGUGAACCUUUGGUUGCAACAGUUAUCUUGUAUCUCUCUAAUGUCAACCGUGGUGGUCAGAUUCUAUUCCCCAAGUCAGAGUCUCAGCAGCUGAAAAGCAAGAUUUUGUCUGACUGCACAAAGGGAAAUAAUAUCCUGAGACCAAUCAAAGGGAAUGCAUUUCUGUUUUUCACUCUCCAUCCCAACACAACACCCGACACUAGUAGCUCUCAUGCUAGAUGCCCUGUGCUUGAGGGGGAAAUGUGGUAUGCCACCAAAUUCUUUCACGUAAAAGCCAUUGGAGUAGGAAAGCUAUCAUCGGAAUCACGGGACAGUGAAUGCGACGAUGAAGACGACAAUUGCCCAAGUUGGGCAGCCACCGGAGAAUGUGAAAAGAACCCUGUGUUCAUGGUUGGCUCGCCUGAUUACUAUGGGACAUGUAGGAAGAGUUGUAAAGCAUGUUGAUGUAUAAACUCCAAAGUAAAUUUAGAUUUUUUAACCUAUUUGUUUGAUUAGAAAAUGAGAUGAUUGCCAUUGUUUUGUCGUGAGCUAUAUAGCACUAGGGCAGUAAACAUUCAUAUAGUAAUUGAUAUUCAACAAUCAGUUUCUUUCC